CACAACUCCAUCUUUGGGCAUCGCUGCGAUGGCCGUCCAUCCAACCCUCAACGCUAGCCCGGCACCUGGAUCCACGGCAACAACGUCGAAUGCUCUCACGCCGCAGCAGGUCUACGCGAUCUCAAGCUGGUCGGAGCAGGCCAUCGAGAGUCUGUCCCUCGAGUCCUCGCCGAUUCCCUAUCGCAAUUCCGCGCCCCUGACCAUCCCGCUGGAUGAUGACGUGCCGCAGUCGCCCACGCCUACUCCCGUGCGGUUGAGACGCAGCGUCCGCGUUGCAGAGGACACCACCGGCACCGGCGCUGCUACUACUGCUGGGCCAUCGACAUACAGACGCAGAGAGCCACUGCGCCGCGAUAGCCUGAAGCGUCGCGAGUCGUUGCUCAAGGGCAAGGAAGGAAGCCGACGACGACAGCGCUGGGAGAACGACCGUCUACUGAGCAAUCCUUGGGCUCAGCCUCCAUCAGCUAACGACUGGGAAAUCCAACCUACGUAUCCUCGUCAUAACCCGGUCCCCUACUAUCUCGCCUCUCUCUGGGACUCUCAUCAAGCCGCAAAGGAACAAGCCCGUCGCAAAUCGAAGAGGGAACAGGGCAUAUCCGAGAAUAAGAAAAAGAAAAAGACACACGGAGAUGCGAAGGCCUCUCAUUCCAACGCUGAGCUCGAUAAGAUAUCCAAGGAGUUGCGGGCUAAACUGAAGCAUGCUCGAGCUGCGCGAGGACUGGUUCAGGAGCUAGAAGAGGAAAUCCGGCUGUUUGUGCAAGAAUGGAUUGAGACCCAAACCUGGCAUCAGCCGAGAGAAGCUGAGAGUGAAUGCUGUAGCGAUAACAGCUCGAGUGACAAUGACGAGGUUGUUUUUGCCGGCCGCAGGGUGAAUCCCUCUACUCGGAAACAGAGACGUUCAUCUCGAGUGGUAUCUGGAGAGAAGAUGGUGUUUGAAAGCCCAGCGGAAGAUCGAGCUGCUGGUUUCGGGCGAUGGCUUGUUCACUCUCUGGCAUCCUACUACGGCCUUCGAACAUGGUCCGUGACUGUCGGCAAUCCUCCUCGCCGUGAAGCGUAUGUGGCGAUCGAUGAGGUCUCACAAGGCCUCCUGGCUGCUGCUGGCCGGGGAUUUCCAGGCAGCAAAUUUGACGGAAUUCUCCCUCGGCCUCUAUGGGUAUCGAUGUAG